AUGAUGAUCUAGAUGCUAGAUUCGAUUGCUUACUUGCAUAGAUUUGAUGUUGUUCAUAGAGACAUAAAACCAUCUAAUUUCUUGCUAUCAUUCAAUACAUAGGGUUAUCCAUUGGUUAAAUUAUGCGACCUAGCUUUUGCAUCUGCACUAGAGUAUAACAAAUCUAGAAUCUCCUUUUCCAAAUUCAAAGGAACUCAAUCUUACAGUGCACCAGAAGUAGAUUAAGGAAUAUUCAAGAAAGCUUCAGAUAUAUUUUCUCUUGGUUUAGUGCUAUUAGAGCUAGAUAAUAUUGAUACCUUCGAUUUCACAAAAACAACAAAUUAGCAAAAGCUUGAAAUUUAGACUGGAAAUAUUUUCUCAAGCUUCUAGAUAAAUAGAUAUUCUUAAAUUUACAAGAUAGCAAAGCAAUGUAUAGAAUUUAAUCCUAAUAAUCGUAUUCCUCCUGUAGAACUACUCAUUCAGUUCAUAGUUUAGAAUUAACAAUACCUAGAUGUUGAGAUUUUCUCUAUAUUAAAUAGGAAAUAACUUCAAAAAAAAGCAGAAUAACUCUCUUAAAUUUAGAAGAGUAUAGUAGAAAAAUCAAAGAAUUAAGAAAUUGAACUCCUUUAACUUUCUUAAAUCUAUAAGGAUAAAAAAUUUGAAAAGUUAAUUUAAGAAUUCAAAUAAUUGAAAGAAAAGCCUUUUGAAAUCUUUGAAUAUCAGAUUAUUCUCGAUUUACUCUCAAAAAACACUUAAUACGAUUCUAAUUUCGAGUUCAUUUCUGUUGGGGCUACAGGUUUAAUUCUUGGAGUUUACAACAAAUCAUAAAAAAGACACUCAGCUUUAAAAAUCUAGAGAGUUUCAUCCAAGCAUGAAAUAGUUCGAGAAAUCGGAAUAAUCAGAGAUUGCUAAAUGCCUCUUGUAAUCAAGUUCUAUGGUUUCUUUUACUUAGAUGUUACCAAGAAAGAGGAUUUUGUUGUAUAUGAAAUUGAAAAAUGUUCAGGUAACCUAAAGCAAUAUUUUAACAGAUUGAAGAAAGAUAAGAUUUAGCUCAAUGAUGAAGAGAAAAUGCAAAUAGCUAUUUAAGUAAUUGAUGUUAUUAACUACUUACAUUACAAUGAAAUUGUCCAUAGAGAUAUUAAACUUGAGAAUAUCCUUUACCUAGAUAGUUAAUCUUAAGUUCCAAUCAUAAAGCUAACUGACUUUGAUUAAGCAAGAAAAAUGUAUUACCAUUGGAUUAAACUUAAUAGAAAUUUUGUUAAAGACUACAAACCUAUUAAAGGAGCAUGUGGCACUCUUGGAUAUAUAUCACCUGAGACAUUUAACACCUUACUAUAUACAUUCUAGAGCGAAAUAUUUUCACUAGGAGUUUGUUUAGCUGUGAUUGACAAUUUUGAAACAUUGGAACCAUCUCUUAAAUAAAAAAAUCUUGACUACCCACAUGGCUUUAAAAUUCCAUUUGAACCAAGUUAUCUUGUAAAAAACGAAUUGAUAAAAAGAAACACAAAAAUCUAUGACAUAAUUCUAAAUACUGUUACAUUUAAUCAAGAAAAAAGAAAGAAUUUAUCUUAUAUUAUUGCUGACCUGCAUUAAAAAUAUGGAUAUUAGUUUUAUUCUAAAGAAAUUACUUCUUUGAAAAAUGUAAAUAUAUUUAUCUGCUGCCCAGAUGGGGCGAAAGCAGUAGCUUCCGAAAUAGCUAAAUGUCCUACUCUCUCCACUUUAACCCUUGCUCUUCAUAAUAACAAUAUAGGCCCAGAUGGGGCGAAAGCAGUAGCUUCCGAAAUAGCUAAAUAUCCUACUCUCUCCACUUUAAGCCUUUACCUCUAAUCAAACAAUAUAGGCCCAGAUGGGGCGAAAGCAGUAGCUUCCGAAAUAGCUAAAUGUCCUACUCUCUCCACUUUAACCCUUGGUCUUGAAUCAAACGAUAUAGGCCCAGAUGGGGCGAAAGCAGUAGCUUCCGAAAUAGCUAAAUGUCUUACUCUCUCCACUUUAAAUCUUAAUUUAAGUCUUAACUAGCUAAAUGGAGAUGAAUUGUUGGAAAGUAAGUUUAGAACAAAUAUGAUACUAAAUAUAAAAUAUUGAAGAAAUAUUUAUUAAAUAAAUGAAUGAUCUGAUAAUAGGGAAAAUAAUUUCAAAUUAUAUAUAUACA